AUGUCUUUCCAAACGUCUGUAGCAAAAUUGUCUGCACCAGUCGGUGACUUGGUGCUUGCUGUGACGCGAAAUGGACAGGAAUUACUCGGGGAGUCCGAGAGCGACCAGGCGGAAGUUAUUAACUGGAUCGAGAGGUCAAGUCAAGAGGAUCUGACAAAGGAGAGCAAUCUCAAAGACCUCGAUACCCUGCUCAUCCCAAAGACGUACAUCGCCUCCAAUUAUCUGACGGCUGCAGAUGUAGCACUUUAUGGAUCUCUUCAUCCAGUAGUUUCUAAGCUGCCGACCUCACAACACUUUACGCAUCCCUCAGUCACAAGAUAUUUUGACCACAUACAAUCAUACCCCCCUGUCAGAGCUUCAGCAGACAUCCUCGGCGCAUUCGAAUUUGUUUCAUUUGAUUUAGAGAAUACACCCAAAGUGGAACGGAAGACGGAACCACUGAAGAAGAAAGGGAAAUCGGCUGCCGCAACGCCAGUUUCUGGAUCUGGAGUUGCUACGCCGACAGCCAAUACAGAAGUCGAAACUGCUCCUGUCGCACAAAAGGACCAGAAGAAAGAGAAGAAGGAAAAGAAGAAGGGCGGAGGUGACGAAGGGAACAAGAAAGCCGGGGGUUCAAAAGCCACUCCUCCCGCUGCUGACGAGGGAGAACCUGUCCCAUCUAUGAUUGACCUUCGUGUCGGUCAUAUUGUUGACGUCAUCAAGCACCCUGACGCGGAUGGUCUUUACGUCGAGCAAAUCGAUCUUGGAGAGGAGACGGGUCCACGAACUGUCGUCUCUGGAUUGGUCAACUACAUUCCCAUUGAUCAAAUGCGGGACAAGUACCUCGUCGCUGUUUGCAACCUUAAGCCCGCCAACAUGCGUGGCGUGAAGAGUUUCGCGAUGGUGCUUUGUGCAACGUCAAAAGAGGGCAAGGAUGGAGGGAUUGAACUCAUCCAGCCACCAGCGAAUUCCAAACCAGGAGACAGGGUAUACUUUGAAGGGGAAGAUUACGAAGACACGACGCCUUUGGCUCAACUCAACCCAAAAAAGAAGAUCUUCGAAGCGAUCCAGCCUGGCUUCAUUACACUUGACUCGAGGGAGGCUGCAUGGGUCAAUCCAUCGACGAAGAGCGUGCAUAGGAUCCGUACUAAAGAUGGUGUAUGUAUUGCCCCAACUCUAGUUGGAGCUUCUCUAUCAUAG